UAUUCAACUUUUACUUUUAAUCCUAGUCAAAUAAGUGUUAUUAUUUUAUGUUAAGGUUGAGGCUUUAUUUUUCGUUCACACCACACAGUGUAAUUUGUUAACAAAAAAACCAGCGUCUCAAAGAAACUACUUAUCACUACCUGAACUUUGAGUGCAAUCUUUUGUUCUAUUCUUGCUUUAUUAAUAAAAUUCAAUGUUCACCACUUUUUCUUUUCCACCUGUACAAACCGCACCUAUUGCUUUGCGUGUAAAUUUCGUAUGUAUAACUCAAUGUUGAAGCGAAACGAUUAAAAAGUGAUAUUAUUUGCUUUCUUCCUCUCUCUCUCUCUCAUUUUGUAUGGCCAAUCAAAUUUCAGGUGGAAAUGUAACGAUGCUCUCAUCGACGUCGUUAUUGCAUGCUAAUUGCAUUUUCAAUCGAAACAAUACGGUUGCAACGCAACAAGGAAUGAAAACGUAUUGGUUGUGUAAAUCGUAUCGCAUAACGAUGUGCCGAGCGAGAUGCAUUACACAUCAGGGUCGUGUACUAUCGGCCACCGGUGUGCAUAAUCAUCAACCGCACAUGAAAGGAUCGUAUCCAAAUUCGGAAUUUGUCCAAAGUGGCAACACAACAACAUGUGCAACAAGCAAUGGAAAUAGUAUAUCAAUAUCAAUGCGAUUACCGUCUUCAAUUCCAGUCACAACAGUAACAACGCAAUCACAUUCGUCGUCACCGACAUCACAAUCAAUAUUGCCAGCAACAUCACAACACCAAGAGGUGCCACAUUCUCAACAUCACUUAAACAAUGAAAAUCAAACGCAAGAACCGCCAAAUCAUACGGUUACAACGAAUGUUCAUCAUUCGCCACCGUCAAACCAUCAACAUCAUUCGCAUCACAGCGAACAUCCAACGUCAUCAUCACAUGCCAAUAAUAAUUCAACAUCGCUGCAGAAUAUGAUGCAAAAUGUUCUAUCACAAAACAAUUUAAUGCAAUUAACGAAUAUGACACCGAUUCUCAAUCCAAUGCAUAACCACUCGCACAUGGCACACUUGCAUAGUUCACACCUUUCGAAUGAAUUACAUGUUACACCGAGUCAAAAUCAUGAAAAUAAUGAAAAUAAUGAAAAUUUACACAGCCCAGAUUCGCCCAGAAGUUCAAUGCAUCAUGCUCAACUGGUUCGACACCAAAUGACAGACGAUGUUAAUCGAAUGACCCAACAUCAUUCACAUUCGACGGGUACAAUGCAUGGACAGCAACAGCAACAGCAACAUCACCACCACCAUCAUCAUCAAUCCAAUGAAAAUAAUUCGCCCGUUGGAUUGUCACCAAUCGAAACACCACCACAUCGAAGUCAAUUAACAUCUGAAUCCGAUUCGAAUGUUCAUCAUUCGCUUGCAAAUGAAAUGACCUCAUCGUCAUCAUUCAAACUCGAACAGAUUUAGAGUGAACAUCAAAUUGAAUUCAAUGAAAUGUAAAGAUAGUUAAAUAAUAAUUUAAACCAAAAAACCCAGUGCAUUUUGAAGGAUUCUGUACAAAAAAACAAAUGCA